AUUUCAGCUAUUCAACGACUUCGACAAAUACAUACAUCCAUAAAAAAGAUGCCACCACUUCCUAAACCUACAAAGAAAGAAUAUGAUUAUAUUGUGAUUGGUGCUGGUUCUGGCGGUAUGGCAGGCGCUAGAAGAGCAGCGGGUGUUCAUGGUGCCAGUGUUGCUAUGAUUGAAAAACACAGUGUUCUCGGUGGAACCUGUGUGAAUGUGGGUUGUGUCCCUAAAAAAGUAAUGUGGAAUACAGCCUCCAUCUUUGAAACUUUACGUCAGGCUAAAGGUUAUGGUUAUGAGUUUAGCGACGUUAAAUUUGAUUGGAAUACAAUUAAACAAAAACGAGAUGCUUAUAUUCAACGUUUAAAUGGUAUCUAUGAUAGAAAUGCUGAAAGAGAAAAUGUAGAGCAUUUCCAUGGUUAUGCCUCCUUUGUUGAUAACAACACCCUUCGUGUCGAGAGUCGCGAUAACGAUCAUUCUACUUUUGAAAUCAAGGGGAAAAAAUUUUUGAUUGCUACGGGUAGUCAUGCUAUUGUACCUAAUAUCCCUGGGGCUGAGCUUGGUAUCACGUCAGAUGGAUUCUUUGAGUUAGAACAUCAACCUAAACGUGUGGCUGUGGUAGGUACAGGCUACAUUGGUAUUGAGUUAGCUGGUAUUUUCCAUUCCCUUGGAUCAAACGUUACUGUCUUUUCCCGUACAAAACAAAUCUUGAGAAAGUUUGAUACGAUUAUUAAGGAUACUUUAUUGGACCACAUGCAGAAAGUAGGUGUUCAGUUUACAUUUGAUUCUAAGGUCACUGCCUUGAGAAAGACAGAUACAGGGAUCACUGUUGAAUUUGAAUCUGAUGGUGAAAAGGGUCAACUUGAAGUUGAUUGUGUUCUUUGGGCUGUGGGUCGUGCUGCUUCUACAGAUGGAUUAAAUUUAGAUGCCGUUGGUGUGAAAUUGAAUGAAAAGAAACAAAUUAUUGUUGAUGAAUAUCAAAAUACAACUGCAGAAAAUAUUUAUGCCCUUGGUGAUGUUAUUGGAAAAGCUGAAUUGACUCCAGUUGCAAUUGCUGCUUCUCGUAAAUUGAGUGAUCGUCUCUUUGGUGUCCCAAGUACCAUUGGUUACACUGAAGAAGAAGCUCGUAAGAAGUUUGGUGAUGACAAUAUUAAGGUCUAUACAUCUCGAUUUGGUAACAUGUAUUUCAGUGUCCUUGAUGAAAAGGAACCUACUGCCUAUAAGAUUAUCGUAACUGGACCCGAAGAAAAGGUAGUGGGUCUUCACAUCAUUGGUAGAGGAAGUGAUGAAAUCCUUCAAGGUUUUGGUGUAGCUAUUCGUAUGGGUGCAACUAAGGCUGAUUUUGAUAAUUGUGUUGCUAUUCAUCCAACAUCUGCUGAAGAAUUGGUUACUAUGCGAUAUAAUUAUACAUUAAAAAAAAUGCUUAUUUAA